CCCAGGGAGAUAGUGGAGAUGAUCAGUCCCACAGUCUGGACACCACCAGCCUUCCACUGCUGGAACAUGGUUGUUAUCAAGUUGAAUGUGUUCCAUAGCACUCCAAUAAUGACCAGGACAGCUAUACCAUACAGCUGGACUUCAUGUUGUCCAGAACCCAUAGUUAUAACCAGAUGAGAACAAUUUUGGCAGAAUUCCUCUUUGUUAUGAAGCAGAGAAUUAUUCACAUACCAUUUUAUAGAGAAAAUGAGUAUUCCUAUGCAAAUCUGUUUCUGUGAGUAAUGACUCUCUGAGAUAAUGUAAAUGAGGGACAAUGUUGAUUGAUGGUAGGGCAUGGCCAUUCCACAGCAGAAUUUGAAAACACAAAUUAGCCAUGAGGAAGACAAGUCACGUUAUUCAUGACCAUUUUGCUUUUAUGAAAAGCAUGCAUGAAGUAUACAUUGACUAGAAUGUAGACUAUUACUGGAUUUGCAAUGCUGUAACCAGACACAGAUUCAAUUGAAGAUGGAGGGAAGGAGUAGCAAGAUAGUCAAUACUUGUAUCAUCUCAACCACUCUCAUUGUCCCUAGUGAGGAUAAACAUGACAUGUUACUUACUGUCUGCCUUGCCACUGUCCAUCGUGCCAUGGUUUUUGUUUACAGACCAGACAGUCAUUUACUUACAAGAAUCUUCUGGGGCUUGUUUUACAUUUUUAAACCAUGGAAAUUAUAUGUAUUUUAUUUUCCUUUGCCUGAUGAGGCUGAAUGUAUUUCCUUAUUCAAAUCCAUUAUGUAUUUCACUUGUACAAGUUAGCUUAUUCAAAAUGAAGUUUUGUGCUUUUCAUCCUGUUUCAAUGUCAUGUCAUUCACAAUGCAAAUGGUUUUGAGCGCAUAGUCUCUUUUCUCCAGAUUUGAUCUUUUUCUCAGGCAUAAUUGCACAAGCAAUUUUAAUGUCACACAAUAACAAAAAACGAAAUAUAUUGAGCUACAGUGAAACUAAAGCUAGUAUGUGACACAAUUAUAUCAUCCUCAUUUUCAAGCUCCUGUGGUGGCCAAAUACAUCCACUUCCUUUCCAUACUAAUUAUUUACUGCUAUCUAGAGUUUUAAAUGAUUUCUUGAUUGGGCACCAAAUCAGGAAACUUGUUUGGCACAACUUUCACCCCAAAGAAACUGUCACUCAUACUGCAUAAAAAAAACAUUCAAGCCUACUGUAGCCUAUAUCAUAUCUGGACUAGGAUGCAGUGCACAUCUUCACAAUCAAGUUAAGUGGUCCGGAUACAGCCAUGCCGAGAUACAAUGACUUCCUUCAUAGGGAUAUGUGACCCUUUGAUUUGCAAAUACUGAUAGUGACAGAAAUCUUCAUUUAAUCUAAUUUAUCGGUGUACCCCAUGGUAGGCGUACUUCAGAUGUUAGUCUUUAAUUCAUAUGAAUGCAUUCGUGUCAUUUUCAUGUAAUAAAUGAUCAAAUCAUUUCAAAGUAGCAAAUAACAUAAAACAAUAGACAAACGCUACUUUGUUCCAGCUUUGGCUGCACAACAGGGAUACAUGCAUAAUGUUAUACAACAACGACGACUGGACCAGUCUUGAAUUUCACAGGCGUAGAAUAUUGUUUGGUCAAUGGAACUGAAACAGCUCCAAGCAGAUGUACAUGUGAUCACUGACCCACUCAGGAAGGAGAAGAACCAGUAUGAGUCAGAAGAAAGAGAUUCACUCUCUCUCUGACAACAUCCAAAAUGCCGUGUAAACUGCUAAAUCUAUGUGAGUAUGAAACACAUAAACUGGUCCGAAUACAAAGUGCAAGGCUGGGAUCGCUGAAAUGGACAUUUAACGGAGUCAUACUGAUGUUCAUCUGCAUUGUAAUGUUCUGGAACAAGGAGUAUCAAGAACACGACUAUGUGGUCAGCUCUGUUACUGCUAAGGUCAAGGGAGUGGCCAUGACCAGCUUGCCAGAUGUUGGUGAUAUAGUAUGGGAUGUUGUAGAUUACAGUGGGCCAUCACAGGGAAAGAAUUCAUUUUUCGUGGUGACCAAUGUCAUUGUUACAAAAAAUCAAAGGCAAGGAAAAUGCCCUGAGGUCCCUCCUUACGGAAAAGUGUGUUGGACAGACAAGGACUGUGUGAAGGGGUUCUGGGAACAGAACAGCCACGGGGUUCAGACAGGUGCAUGUGUGAAGUUUGAUGUAAAACAGAAAACAUGUGAGGUGUCUACAUGGUGCCCCAUAGAAACCAAGAAAACGCCCCCCAAGCCUGCUCUCUUGGCAUCAGCUGAGAACUUCACAGUCCUCAUCAAGAACAACAUCAGAUUCCCAAACUUUAACUUCAUUAGAAGGAACAUCCUCCCUGAGAUGACGGACAGCUACCUGAAGCACUGCCAAUUUAACAGGCGUACAGACCCCUGGUGCCCCAUCUUCCGCCUCGGGGACAUUGUGCAGGAGGCCAGAGAGAACUUCUCAGAGAUGGCAGUUGAGGGUGGCGUCAUUGGGAUCCAAAUUAAAUGGGAUUGUAAUCUGGACGGGUUCUUGCGGAACUGUCUGCCCAAAUACUCCUUCCGCCGGCUGGAUGAGAAGGAGAGCAACAGAACUCUGUCCCCUGGUCUCAACUUAAGGUUUGCUAGAUAUCAGACAGAAAAAGGUGUUGGGGAGAGAACCCUGUUUAAAGCGUUUGGGAUCAGGUUUGAUGUCAUGGUAUUCGGAAAGGCAGGAAAAUUCAGCAUAAUCCAACUGAUCAUCUAUAUUGGAUCAACUCUAUCCUAUUAUGCACUGACCACUUUAUUCAUUGACUGGCUCAUUGGGACCAGCUGCUUCUCUAAAGAAGCCAGACAGAACUACUCAGAGAAAAAGGUUGAAUCUGUUCAGGACAGACAACAGUGCAUUCUUUGUGUCUCGUUUGUGGAUGAGAACCAUAUAAGAGUGGUGAAAAGAUCACAUAGGAAAAGUUUACAACAAGUGAAGCCCAUGUCCGUUCACCCAUUCAAGGACGACAUAAGGCACCUGAGUGCCAUGGCUGGUGUAUUGCAGAAAGGGCACAGCAUAGACAAGCAGCCCCAGGCUCUCCCUCGGCCCAGCUGUCCAGCUUGGUGUCUGUGUGGCUGCUGCCUCCCCUCCACCCAUCCCCAGGAGCAGCUGUGCUGCAGGAUGAGCAGAGGUCGCUGCAUCACCACCUCCUCCUUGUUUGAACAGCUGGUGCUGAGUCGGCCCUUAUUGGAGGCAGUGUUGCUGUACAGGGAGCCUCUUUGUGAGCUGACCGAGGGGGAGCAGUGGACCACCGCCAUGCGCCACUGUGCCUACAAUCAGUAUAUCACCUGGAGAUUUGGGGCCCCACCCAGAGAAAGCCUCCCUGUCAUACCCAGUUGUAGUGUGUGGAGAAUCAGAGAGGAAUACUCCAGCCAAGAUGGAGAGUACACUGGCAUGAGACCCAGAAGAACUACUUCUCCCCAGUCCAGCCCUAACACAUAGCUUUAGGGAAGAGGGAGAGUCAGUGUUCUAGAAAGCAGUGUUCUAUAUAGAAAUCAGAGACUGGUCCUCAUCAUGUAACAGCUGUCUCAUGCAUUUGUACUGGUGUAUUUAUCUAAUCUUCCAUUCUGCAUUAAGGUUGACAUUUUCAACUUGAUCAUUAUUCUCGCCUAUAGAUAUUGUGUCUAUCCAUCCCACUGUCUAGAGACCAUGAAUGAUUAAAAGGGCUCCCAAGUGGCGCAGCGGUCUAAGGCAUUGCAUCUCUGUGCUAGAGGCGUCACUACAGACCCUGGUUUGAAUCCAGGCUGUAUCACAAUCCGCCAUGAUUGGGAGUCCCAUAGGGCGGUGCACAAAUGGCCCAGCGUUGUUCGGGUUUGGCUGGUAUGGGCCGUCAUUGUAAAUAAGAAUUUGUUCUUAACUGACUUGCCUAGUUAAAUAAAGGUACAAUUUAAAAAAAUAUAUACAGUGGGG